CCACAACAACCGCGUCAACUCCCGUACGUUUGUACCGGGAACCCAAACUGCACCAGAAGCUAUGAGAAGAAGCAUGAGCUCAAUCGACACAUGAGGAAGCAUAGCAGGCCAUGCGCUUGUCCAGUUGAGAACUGCACUGCGAAGUUUGCGGAUAAGAAGAGUUUGGACCGACACAAGGCCACUCAUGGAAUUGGAAGGGGUGAAUUUGACUGUCCUGAGUGCACCGAAACGUUCACAAGGGCCGAUAACUUGCACCGCCAUCAGCAG